CGGCGUGGCGCGGUCAGGCGGUGCGUUGGGCAGCCGCGCGCCGGCAGCGCGGAAGGCCCCGUGGGCGGGAAGCGGCGGCACCAUGUCGGUGAGCGAGAUGUUCGCGGAGCUGCAGGGAGCGCUCGGCCAGGACCAGGACAUCCGAGAGGAGAUCCGGAAGGUGGUGCAGGCACUGGAGCAGACGGCGCGGGAGAUCCUGACGCUGCUGCAGGGCGUGCACCAGGGGCCCGGCUUCCAGCACAUUUCAAAGAAGUGUCAGAAAGCUCGUGAGCACUUUGGUACGGUGAGGACACAGAUGGAGUCUCUGAAGACCAAGUUUCCUGCUGAUCAGUAUUACAGGUUUCAUGAGCACUGGAGGUUUGUGCUACAGCGACUGGUGUUCCUGGCAGCAUUCGUAGUCUACUUGGAGUCAGAAACAUUAGUGACCCGAGAAGCUGUUGCAGAAAUACUUGGGAUUGAAGCUGAUCGAGAACGGGGCUUUCACCUGGACAUUGAAGAUUAUCUUUCUGGUGUAUUAACUCUGGCCAGUGAGUUGGCCAGGCUGGCAGUGAACAGUGUCACAGCUGGGGACUAUUCUCGCCCUCUCCGCAUCUCAACCUUUAUCAAUGAGCUGGAUUCUGGCUUCCGCCUGCUCAACCUGAAGAAUGACUCCCUGAGGAAACGCUACGACGGCCUGAAAUACGAUGUCAAGAAAAUUGAGGAAGUGGUUUACGACUUGUCAAUCAGAGGACUCAAUAAGGAGGCAACAGUUAGUGCAUGCGGGGAGAAGUGAAGGAUGCUCAUUUGAACAGCAUCAUCAAUUACCUCAGAUGGUUGCCAGUUUAGGAAGUACCUAGAGAAGCCUUCCUUCAGUAGUUUAGAAGAACUGCAGCUCAAAGCUGCUCUCUAUUUUCUUACAAAAGGUGUAGUACAGGUGUUAGAUGUUUUGUAAAAUCAUGUCUAGAUUGGGACAGGAGACUCUGUUUCCAGUGGAAUUCCUCUGUCAAACACAUGGUGCCAUUCUCUGCACAGCAGCAAUAGUAGUCAGUAACUCUCAUGAGCUGAGAUUCUCAGUAGUUCUGUAGUGCUGCUGUGGCUGUCUCUGCUCCCACACCCUCAGAGGUGUGUGCACAGCACACAGCUCAGUGCAGACACAUGGGAUCUUUUAAGAAACACAAUGUGUAAAUACUGACUUUUUUUUUAAGACUUUUUUUUUUCUUUUUAUUUCUUAAAUUUUCACCUAUGUAAGUUGAACAAAUUUGCAUAACUGUUUAUGAACCAGAUCCAGAUCUUUUUUAAUGGUUUCUGUUAAUGUACUCCCUGGAAUUGAGAAAUUAGUGAAAAUACUCCUGAGAAUUCCUCUAUUGGAACUGGUGUCUGGCACCCUGGCAUCUCAUAUAUUUUUACCUUUCUGCCAAGAUUUCAGUUACCAGGGAGAGCAAGGUUUUCUUAGACACCUGCUUUCUCUGUCUGGUAUUUGUUUUACUGGCAUGAGUAAAUGCAGAGUUUUAAAUGAUGAUUUGCCUUGAGAACUCAGUGUAACCAAUUUUUAUGUUUUCUUAAUUUCCAAGUUUUCUGAAUAGAGAAGUGUAAACUGAUGAACUGCAGGUGGUGCCUGAGUUGUAACAACCUGUACAGGCCACAACUAUGCCUGUGUCCUGGGAUUAAAAAAAAAAAAUCACAAAACUAUAGUUUGUGUAGUAAAAUGUUUCUAUCUCCAGAAAUGGGGAAGUUACUGCUUUCAGGUAAGUGUGUAAGAUGUUUGCAAACACCAACACCCUCUUUCAUGUGCAUAAGUGGACAGACUCAUGCCUCGCCAUGCGCUUGUUCUCUUGUCCUAAAAGACUUUUGAGUUUUGCCAUUCUCCUACUUCUGGUGGUGCAGGAGAGUUAAGGAGAACAGCUAACGUAGGAGGAGGAAUACUUCAGAGGAUAAAUGGGAACAGUCAAGUUUGUGAGGUUUGUUAGCAUUUUGGUUUCUUGGUGAAGGUUUACCAGAGUAAGGGGGUUGUUUUGUUUAUUGGAAGAAAAUGUUUUAUUGGUUAUUUUGGCCAAUAAAAGCUGUUCUUUGAUUAUGGCCACUUGGUACCUCUGUUUGAUCAUCUGCUGUUAUUUGCUUCCCUUGCUGGGAGCCUGCUCUGGAAUACCAGCAUUUCAGUUCAUCCUUCAGCUGUCCUUGGACUAUAAUGGAGUUCCUGCCCUUCGCUGUAGUUGUUCAGUGGUGCACUUCUAAAUACUGCCAAGUGCAAAGUCAAACUGCAAACAGAUUUCAUGGGCAUUUUUCUUAAAAUAUUUUUUAAUUUUGAGCAAUUUCACCAAGUAAAAUAGGAGAGCUAUGGAGUUUAUUCUUAUGAAUCCAAGAGAUGGCAAGAUUAUCUUAAGAGCAUCUCAUAGUCUUUCAUGUUUUCAUCCUUUGUGUCUUAUGUCACUUAACACAGGGAGAUGGCAAUAUCCCCCUUUCACAGCUGAAGAAAAUGAGGGUGUAACUUCCUGAGCCCUGUGGCAAUAUAACAGCUUUCAAAGUAUUUCUUUGUUCUUGCCCUGUGCCAGUGUUUGCUCAUUUCUCGACUUAACACUGUGGCAGUGGAGGAAGGAAGGAGCUUGAGCCAGUUUUACUGCCCAAACCAGAGAUGAGGGGUAAACCAACACCCUAAGGCUAUGCAGACACAGCUGUGCACUUCAAGGUCACACAGGAAAUUCAUGGUAGCAGGGGAAUAGAGAAGGGUUUCUUGAGCAUUAGCUUGGUGUGUCUCAGGUUAGAGGACUCCUGGCAUGGGAUAUGAGGCCACGUGGCAGGGCAGCUGCUGGUUAAGGCUUUGUGCUGACUUACGUCCCAGGUGCUCCAGUUGCAUUUGGUCAUGCUGCAGGUCUGCUUCCUGACACGGAUCCUGUGUGCCUAACACAGCUGUUCACUAGAUCCCAGAUCAGCCAGCUCUUGCUGGUGGGUUCUGAGACCUAGUGGAGAUGAAACAGUGCUGUGCCACAGGUGCAGGUACCAUGGGAGGGACAACUGGAAGAGCAAGGCUCUUACUUAGGGCUUACAGAGGUGCAAGGUGUGGAAUCCUUCUAUCUAAGGCUCUGUGAAGAGCAAGUGCCCAAGAAAGAGACACUCAGUAUUGUGUUCAUGGAGGGUGUUCAGCAAACACCUCGUUCUUUCCUGUUCUAGGUCUUGGGAGAGCCUAGCAUCGUCCUCUGGGAAAGCACUUUGCAAGAGUCAGGCUACACGGCUCAUUCUCAGACUGGGUCUGGAGAAAAGAAAACCACUAACUUUCUCCUUAGGAAGCAGUAGGGGAAGAUGGGGGUGCUUUUGUAGCUUCCUCUGCACCACGAUAGCCUGUAGGACCUUGUGACUUUGACAAGGAGUCUUCACAUUAGUCUGAUACUAAAUGGUAAGUUGUGUUCCUGUCCCAGAGCUGGGAGUAGAGGGAAGAAGGGAAAACCCAGAAGGACUUGAAUAGGGAAGGGGGAGCAGGGAAUGGCAGUCAACUGCAAGACGCUUGAUGGCUCAUGGUGAAUCAGAUGCACUUCAACUCUGAACAAGUGACUCCUGUUGGUACUGAAUGGAUGGCGAAGACUGUGCUGGCAGCUGGGAGGGGAGUGAGUCAGCGCAGGAGCACUGGAGAGUCUGACUCAACACCCAGCACGGCUGUUCCCUGAGCUACUUCAGCCUCAAGUGUGUUCCUGGGAGUGCUCUCUUGCUUCGUCUUUGUAUUCACUAACUUGUUUGUUUGGAUUUUUCCCAUCUUGAUGUCAUUUCUGUGUGUUUUCUUUAUUUCAGUAAAAAGGGUACUUAAAUA